AUGUUAAUCUCCAAGAUUGCCGUCAGCAUCGCAUUCUGCGCAGGUUCCUCCCUCGCAAUCGUCUCCAAUGGCGCUCCCUUCAUAGCCUAUGUCUGCCCACCAGGAACCAAUGAAAAGCCAUUCGCAUACAGAGACGCCGCCUCAAUCCGCGGUCACCAAACAAACUGCAAAUAUGUAGCAAAGGAUAAUACAAACCCUCCCAGACACGGAGUUCUUGUCAACCAAUGUCCACAGACGUUACCAGAUACACCCGAAUGUACCUGGUACGCCUUCGAUCAAGCCCAAGACAUCCCAGCCAACGGAGCACCCUUUGUCUUCUAUGCCACAAAGAACGAGGCAGACCGAGAUGCUACUGCCGUACGAUGCAGACAGGCUGGUUGUAAAUGGGUUGCUCGUGCGAAUAAGGUGAAGAAAAAUGGAACUUAUGGUAUUCUGUGUAAUAUGUGCCAGAAUUCUCCGGCUGGAACACCCGGUGCUGAUGCCUACGGGUUUGGAAACAACCCGCCUCCGGCUGCUCCUGCCCCUCCUCCUGUUGUUAAGCAGGUUACGGUUACCAAGACUGUUAUAAGAGGCGAUAGGACUCUUCACGUGGUUUAUGUCGGUCAAAGAGCUGUUCGGACCAUUACACUUGCACGUAAUGAUGUGAAUACCGUUACACGAUAUGUUAACCAGGGUGGAAGAGUUAAGACUAUCUAUAUCAAGUAUAUCGGUGGAAAAGUCGAUUCUACAAGGACUGUUACACUGGGCGGUCCCGUUGAGACUAACGUUGUAACGAGGUAUAUUACAAAGGGUGGUCGCAAGGUUACUGUUUAUGUCAGGCAGGGCGGUGAUACUACGAAGACCAUCACUAUUUCUCCAGAGCCAACUGGCGAUAGCGAUGAUGGAGACAACGGUGGAGACAACGGUGGAGACAAUGGUGGAAAAGGUGGGGAUGAUGGUGACGAUGGAGACAAUGGUGGAAACGAUAGCUACUAA